UGGAGAAACACACCCAGGAGAAAGCCUGGCUGCCCUGCGGGCUCACAGAGCUCAGCUCUGCCGUCAUCUCCACCAGGAAGGCUGCAGGUGUCCAUGUGCACCUGAAUAGGUCUGGCUGAGCCCAGCACCUGCAGAGCCUUAGCUGGAAAAUAAGAUUUGUCCCUGAGGCUGUCUGCAUGUGGAAACGACCUCCUGCGGCAGAGAAGAUGGGCCAGAAGGUCUCUCAGGAGGAUAACCAGGAGAACAAGGCUGAAACUCUGGCCAUCUGUGAAGUCUUCAGCCAGGGUGUGCUCCAUGCAUCUCAAAGGCUGAAGGAUUAUCUCGGUUUUGUGGAUCCUCAAAGCAAAUUCCAGCCAGCCACAAACACGCUGAGCGAGAUCUUCCUGGUCAACUUCAUCAGCUUCUGCGUGGGAAAGAGUGUGGAGGAGCAGAUCAUGACCAGCAAGAUGACCAAGCAGCAGUCCUCCCUGUUCGGGGUGGACUGGAUCUGGACUCUGUGUGGCUCUGACAAGCAGAUCAAGCUCCAGAUCGCCGUGCAGGCUUUGCAGCCGGCCGAGCUCUCCCACGGCGAGGGCCCUGCCGAGGAUUGCUGCCGGGAGGCCGCGCUGGCCGACGAGUGCUUCCAGAACAUGAGCAGGUUUGAGAAGCUGGCCGAGUUCUGCCGCCUGGUGGGACGGGACUGCCUGGGCUUGUUCGUCAUGUUCGGCGUGCCAGGGAAGCCCAAGGACAUCCGAGGAGUCCUGCUGGACAGCGUUGCCAGGGAGCAGCAAAAAUGCCGCCUGUCGGGCAGGAAUGCGCUGUGGCAAUUUGUCACCAGCACUGACAGCUCCCUGCCCACAAAAGACAUGCUGGAAAAUUGCCUGGGCACCAAAAACGGGCUGAAGGACGUGGGCAACGUGUACAUAAACUUUGUGUGAGCAGCUGGGCAGGAGCAGUGGCUCCGUGCAGCGCUGGGGGCCGUGUGGGGCUCAGCCCUGCUCCUCUCUCUUUCCUCCCCACACUCCAUUCCCUCCACCUUCCCCUCAACCCAUCGUGUUCCCUUAGCUCCUGCAGAAGGCAGGCUGAGUCAGCCUCUCCAGGUUUUAAAACAACAGGAGAGACCUGCCAGAAAAAUGUGUUUAUAGAAGGCACGACAUUUUUCCAGAACAUUUUGUUCACCAGACAUUGAGUCUUGGCUGGAGCUGCUGGAAGAUUUAUCAGCCGGAGCUCUGGGGAGGUCCUGGUGGAUUUGACUCAGAGCCUUUGUUUGCUGUGUGGCAGAUUUUUUUUUCUGUCCUAGGAGGGUGAGUCUGUAAUAAUGGAAAUGUGCUGGUGCUGGUCAGAAGAGUUGCACUGAGUGUGAAGGACAAUACCAGGCCUUAAAAUGACUGAUUUGAAGGAGUGAGCUGGUUUCAAUUAGGAGGAAAAGCCCUUCCCAGUGCUCUGAGAAAUGGGCUCUGAGAAAGACUUAUUAAUUACCUGCCCCCUAAUUGGUGCCAGGCUCUACAGGGCCUUGGAGCUGUGAACAAAAGGCAAGGCUGGGGCCAACUGCAAAGCUUUUCUCGCUGAGUGGCUGUGUCAGGGCAAGGUAUGGCAGAAGCUAGGGGCAAGCUCAAGAACACUUGGGAAAAAUCGAGCAAGGGGGACAAAAACCAGGCCUGAUGUGGGUGGGACCUUUCCAUAGCAACAGAGGCACCCCUGACCAUUCACAGCAGAGAGCAGAUUUGGAGGAGGCAGGAUUAUUUCACUUGAAAUUUCUUUUCAGUAGCUUAGCAGCUUGAUGGCAUUUAUGGGCUUGAUUUAUUCUAUUUCCCUCAGCAUUUACUGGGCUGAGUGAAGCUUUUAGGUUGGUUAUACAAUUAUAAUUACUUGCUUUACUGUUAACCAGUGAAGCAGGACCUGAUCCAUAUUCAAACUGGUAAACUCACUUUGGUUAUAGGUGUUUGAGUAGCUUUGUCAGUGCAAAACUCAUCUGCCUCUAAUUUUCGUAUGAAUUCAAUCAUUUAACAGAAUAAAAAUAAUUUUGAAAACACA